CGCCAUUUUUAGUUGACGAAUUAAGCAUCUGUAAAGAUCUGCCUGAUUGCGUGAAGAAGAUAAAAGUGAUUUACAUAAGUGUCUAAUUAAUAAUAUUUCUCUGUGUUCCGGUCAUCGGAAUUCCGCUAUUUUUCAUUAACUGAAAAACGGUGUGGAAAUCCGUCGGAACCAUGAGUUACCAAAUGACAUCAAAUCAAUCCCGACCCAUGUCGCAUGGAAAUUAUCAAGGUCCUGGCGACCUGCCCAUGGGAUCAGCUAAAGAACAAACACUUAUGUGGCAACAAAAUUCAUACAUGGGUGAUUCCGGUAUUCAUUCGGGAGCUGCCACUCAGGCUCCUUCCCUUUCUGGAAAGGAAGAUGAAGAAAUGGAAGGAGAUCAGCUGAUGUUUGACCUUGAUCAAGGCUUUGCACAAGGAUUUACUCAAGAUCAAGUAGAUGAAAUGAACUCUCAGCUGAGCCACACUCGUUCUCAGCGAGUGCGAGCUGCCAUGUUUCCCGAAACACUUGAGGAAGGAAUCGAAAUUCCAUCAACACAGUAUGAUCCAGCUCAACCAACAGCAGUUCAACGAUUGGCGGAGCCAAGUCAAAUGUUGAAACACGCUGUGGUUAAUCUCAUCAAUUAUCAAGAUGAUGCUGAACUUGCAACCCGAGCUAUUCCCGAAUUGAUUAAACUCUUAAACGAUGAAGAUCAAGUCGUUGUUUCUCAGGCAGCAAUGAUGGUUCAUCAACUCUCAAAGAAGGAGGCUUCGCGUCACGCUAUCAUGAACAGCUCUCAAAUGGUGGCCGCAUUGAUUCGCGCUAUUUCCAACAGCGACGAUCUUGAAUCCACUAAAGCUGCGGUUGGCACUCUUCACAAUUUAUCACAUCACAGACAAGGUUUAUUGGCAAUUUUCAAAAGUGGAGGAAUUCCAGCGCUCGUCAAACUUCUCAGCUCACCAAUGGAAUCAGUUCUCUUUUACGCUAUCACAACUCUUCACAAUCUUCUUCUUCAUCAAGAAGGUUCCAAGAUGGCCGUCCGACUUGCUGGUGGUCUACAAAAAAUGGUCGCUCUUCUACAACGAAACAACGUCAAGUUCUUGGCAAUUGUCACUGAUUGCCUGCAAAUUCUUGCCUAUGGAAAUCAGGAGAGCAAACUUAUUAUUCUCGCUUCUCAGGGACCCAUUGAAUUGGUUCGAAUUAUGCGUUCAUAUGAUUAUGAAAAGCUCUUGUGGACAACAUCAAGAGUUCUUAAAGUUCUAUCAGUUUGUUCGAGCAAUAAACCAGCGAUUGUUGAAGCUGGAGGAAUGCAGGCAUUGGCUAUGCAUCUUGGUAAUCCAAGUCAGAGGCUAGUACAAAAUUGUCUCUGGACACUCAGAAAUUUAUCAGACGCUGGAACUAAAGUUGAUGGUUUGGGAGUUUUGCUUCAAGGAUUGGUGCAAGUCCUUGGAUCUAGCGAUGUUAAUGUUGUUACAUGUGCCGCUGGCAUUCUCUCCAAUCUUACUUGCAACAAUCAUCGUAACAAGGAAACAGUUUGUCAAGUUGGAGGAGUUGAAGCUCUGGUACGUACAAUUGUUAAUGCUGGUGACAGAGAAGAAAUUACGGAACCAGCUGUUUGCGCUCUACGUCAUUUGACUUCCCGUCAUCAAGAGGCAGAAAUGGCACAAAAUGCAGUGCGCAUAAAUUAUGGUAUACAAGUUAUUGUAAAACUUCUUCAGCCACCAUCUCGAUGGCCAUUGGUAAAGGCAGUUAUUGGCUUGAUUCGAAAUCUGGCUCUAUGCUCAGCAAAUCAUGCUCCACUUCGUGAACACGGAGCAAUUCAUCAUCUUAUCAGGCUUCUCAUGCGAGCGUAUCAAGACACUCAGAGGCAACGGUCAUCCGUAGCUAGUGCUGGAAGUCAAGCAACACCUGGAGCCUAUGCCGAUGGAGUGAGAAUGGAAGAAAUUGUUGAAGGAACUGUCGGAGCUCUUCACAUUCUCGCUAGAGAAUCACACAAUAGAAGUGUUAUUCGAUCUCAAACUGUGAUUCCAAUAUUCGUUCAGUUGUUGUUCAAUGAGAUUGAAAAUAUCCAACGCGUGGCGGCUGGAGUAUUGUGCGAAUUGGCAGCGGAUAAAGAAGGUGCGGAAGUGAUUGAACAGGAAGGUGCAACGGCGCCUUUAACUGAACUUCUUCAUUCGAGAAAUGAAGGCGUUGCCACAUACGCGGCAGCAGUUUUAUUCCGCAUGUCGGAAGAUAAGCCGCAAGAAUAUAAGAAAAGGCUCUCCAUGGAAUUAACUAAUUCACUACUCCGUGAAGACACUAAUUUAUGGAAUGGAGGUGAUUUCGGAAUGGCUCCUGAUUUACAGGACAUUCUUGGGCCUGAUCAACCCUAUGACGGUAUGUAUGGACAAGGACCCCCAAGUGUCCAUAGCAGUCAUGGCGGACGAAACUAUCAACAACAAGCAGGUUAUGACCAGAUACCAAUAGAUUCAAUGCAAGGAUUAGAAAUAGGCGGCGGUUCUACUUAUGGUGCAAUGGACACUAUGGACGUGGCACCAGAAGGUGAUCUCAGUUUCGAUCAUCUCGAAGAACUUCCAGCACCGCCUCAAGAUAACAACCAGGUAGCAGCCUGGUAUGACACUGAUCUUUAAAAACAUACCACUGUCUCCAUAGGAGGAAACCCUUCUUUGGAUUUACCGCGAAAUUUUAGUUAAAAACCAUUUUUAUUAUCUUUCGCAUUAUCUAAAUGCGGUUUUUUUUUUUUAUUUACUCCGAGCCUUGUAUCCUUUUAAUUAAAAAAAAGUAGUUUUACGAAUUCGCAUGAAAGUUGAUCAAUUCGCACAACAGUUGUAGUUUCUUUACACUGUUGAAUGAAUGAAUUUUUAGAAUAAAGAAAAAAUUGUGAGCAGAGCCAUAUAUGAUACGUAACGUUAAAAAAAAAAAAUAUCGUGCUGCUCCAUAGGCGAUCUAUACUCGCUUUCCAUACCGAUCCCGUAGUCUAGAGACUAAGAGAAAAAUCUAUUUUGAUUAUUAUUCACUGAAUUUUAUGAAUCCAUCACGAUUCUCAAAUAAUCUCAAAAGAUUUUUCUCCCUGUAAUAAUUAAAAUAUAAUAAAUGAAAAAUCACAAAAAAAUGUAUAAGUUAGUCUCAAAGCCAUUGUUGGAUCGAAUGUAGUCAAUGGCAAGUACUUUUGUACGCUGUGCAUUUCUAGAAACGUAAAUCCUGCAAUAUCUUUGCGAUCGAACAAAAAUAUGAAUACAAUUUUGUACCUUCUUUUUUUACAUGAGUUCUGAAUUGUUAAUAUACUAUAACGCGAAAAAAAAAAUGUAGUUUUUAGAAAAAAAAAACUAACUGACAGGGUCGAGAAGAUUCUAAAUACGAAGGCUGCUAUUUCGUAUUUAACGAACAUUUCAGUAUUUUAUUUAAAGUAUCAUCGCAAUUGUGCGUAGAUCUGUCAUUAAGAAAACUAUUUUAUACCGCGGACGAGGGACAAAGUUUUAAGUAAAAAAAAAAUUUUAUCAGCAAAAAAAAAAAUUUCAACUUUUUAGAUUAUAUAUUAUAAUUAUAUAGUUGACAUUGCGUUAGGGACCAUUUCUUUUUGAUUCAUCGACCAGAAAUUUUUCAAAGUACGUAGCACAAAUAACGUAUGUGAGGGUAAAAAAGUCGAAAAUAAUUUUUAUGCUUGAUUUGUCUGAUUCGAGACAUCUAAUUUGUUUGUAUUUGUCAGAUUGACUCUCAUCGGACUUAUCAAUCAUUUUUUUAAUUCGACUCUUUGCCUUUUUAAAAAUCAUUAUUUUUAUUAUUAUUAUUAUUAUUAUAUUAUUAUUAUUACUAUUAUACUUUAUGAAUUUUUUAUUAUUAUUACUAUUAUCAUUAUACAUUAUUACCAAUAUACUAACAUUUAUAAGCCUUACUAACCAAAAGUACUACUUAGGCUAAAGUGUUCUGUAUUACAUAAGUAGGAAAAAAUUCACAUUGGUAUUGCGAUCUCGACUUCAAACUCUGACUGAUCGACUUCUUUUUUUAAAAAAAAUCCAUAAUAGAGGAGCACUCGUUUUUAAAAACAAUUUUUUUCAGAUCAAAUUUAUAAAAAUUGAAUAUAAGAAUCGAUGGUUUUUUUGAAAAAAAAAAAAAAAAAAAGUAUUAUAAUUGUUAUUUUAUAAAAUUGUAAUUGUGCAAUAUAAUUCAUUUUGAGCUUUGCUGUUCAUGAGAAGUAUUUUCUUCUCUGGAAGUGAAAGACGAGUGAAAUCCCGAUCCAUUUCACAUUGCUUCCCUUGAAACGUUGAUGUCAUUCGAAUAUUGAUGAAAUACAAUCAUAUACGUGUAGGCAUAACGAUAUCAUUGAAACUCUGCAUUAUGCAUUAUACAGGGUAGUAACACUUAAUUUUUAUUAUCAAAUAUCGUAGCUGCGACGGUAUUGGCCAUUCAUUAAUGUUAUGAUAUGGUCACCGUUUCGCACGUUGUCGAUGUGUUAGAUUUAAGUGAGAGACGUAAUUCGUACAUAUGUACUAUGUAUAUGUAUUGUUUAAUUGUCUAUACAAAUAAAGUAAGUAAUAGAA